CAUCCCUACCCCAGACUGGCCCAAAUUCAGCCCCUGUGUGUAGGCAUGGAUGUCCAUGUUCAGUUGACUGAUUGAACAAGCUUCUUACGAGGUGAAUCCACCCACCUUCUGGAUCCACUGAACUGCUCUGUAACAGACUGCUUCAUCCUCUUCUUGCAAGGGAGUCUUCAGAAAGGUGGAAGCAGCUUUCAAGGAGCAAUCAGCUUAAAAUGUGUAGGGCUGCCAGGAUCCUGUAUCAAACCAGUCCUCAGCAUUGCAGAGUGGGAUGCCAACGUGCCUUACACCCCAGCAAACACAGCCAAUGGGUGCUGUGUCUUCUGCCGCCAGUUGCAGAUGAAUAAACUUGGCCAGAGCUGUUACCCCCUACAAAAAAAACCCCAAUGUCCAGCCAGUGAUGGAGAAGAGGACAGACUCCAGACAGGAAGAGUGAGAGCACAGGGAGGAGGAGGGAAAAACUGCCCCAGGAGAACAGGUGUCAGUGCAGUUCCAGUGGAAAAAGAUAAUAUUGAAGAAAUGGUAACACGGUGCAUAGUGGAAGUUCUGUCCAACGCUCUGUCUAAGCCAAAUGCACCACCAAUUAAUCCUGAAUGUAAAGAAAUCCUGAAGAAGAGUGGUAGAAAUGACAGAGAGAGAAGCGAAGACAAACAGCUUGAAGUAAGGCAUUUGAAAGACCCAGCAGAGGUUGAAAAACAUCAUAGUGGGAGUGUGGAGAAGGAACAAAGUCAGGCAGAGGAGGAAUCUAAGUACAUGAAAGGAAGUGAUGAGGGGAAGCUUGCUCACGAGGAAGGUAAAAGCAAAGAUGGGGAGGAUGGACAGCACACACCUAUGCAAGAGGAGAGGCUUCAUGCAGAAGAGAAGAAAUACUCUCAGGAAAUCAGAAAAGAGGAAAAGAGCUACCACAGUGAAGAAGAAAGCAAAGAAAGCAAGCGUCACGAUGAAGAGGUGGAGCAUGCUGUUCUCAACAAGAAGUCCCACUCUGGAGGCACGAGCACAGAGGAGCUCCCUGAUGGGAAAGAUCAGCCCCUCGUCAGGCACUGGCAUUCGGAGGAGGGGAUGCAGAGCCCUUACAAAAGAAUUCAUGAAGAGGGAGAGGCAGAGGAAGAAGGCAGUGAAAAAUACUACCAUGAGUCUAAGGAACGUGAUUUCUCCCAUCAGGAAGAGCAUGAAGAAUCUGAUGAGAGCGAAGAGAUAGGGAGGGAGAAGCAACCCUACAAACUCAAACGUUAUCAUGGGAAACAUAGAACGGGUGACUCCUCUGAAGAGAAGAGGGGCCGUGGCGGUGAGAAAGAGGAGCUAGCUGAGGAAUCACACGCAGAGGAGGCCCGUCUCUGGGACAAAAGGAACCACCAUCAGAAACAUCAUGAGGAGUCGGAGCAGCAGCGGGAUGAGAAGAGCGGUUAUCAUGGGAGGCACGGAUCUGAAGAGGUGGAGGAGAAGAGGCGUGCAGAGCAGGGAAAUGAGUACAGAGAAAGGUGGCAGCAGAGCAAAGAGAGCAGUGAAGAAGAAAACGAGAGGCAUCGCCACAGUGAAGAAAGUGAUGAGAAAUGGCUUGAGGAGAGGAGACACCGUGAUGGGUCCGAUGAGGUGAGGAGGCACCGUGAUGGGUCCGAUGAGGUGAGGAGGCACCGUUCCGAGGGAAGGAUGUAUCUCGGAGGUGAAAGCGAGGAAGAAGGGGACGGGUACCUGGGAGGUGGCAGCAGGGAGAGGCAGCAUCGUGCUGGAGGGAGAUACAACUUGUGGGACAAUGAAGAAGAAGGGUCCCAGAAAGCAUACGCUCGAGAGCGCAAAGGGCAGGCCAGGAGGCACUACAGCACUGAGGAGAGUGUAGAGCACCAGCGCUACCCUGGCAACAGCGAGGAGGAGGAGGAGGAGGAUGUGGAAAAGCAUCACAGCAGUCAUCAGAUGGAAAAUGAGGAGGAGAAUAUCGAGGAGGGAAGAUACGCAGAGAGGGAAGAGUACAGAAGCCGUCUCCCUGUUGAGAAUGAGAAGAGGACCCCGGUGUCCUACAGCUCUUUCUACCCGCUGCUGUGGUGGAAAAGCCAGAACUUUGAGAAAAGGGACAGCACAGGAGAGCAGCUUCUGGAGGGCAAAGAGAAGAGUCUUUUCCCCGACUAUAAUGACUAUGACUGGUGGGAUAAAAACCAAAUCCUAAGUGCUCUGAACCAUGGACGCACCGAGAAGAGGAAUCUUGGCAAAAUGAACAGGUAUGAUGUGAAAAGGCAAUACAACAAGAUGGAUCAGCUUGCACAACUUCUGAAUUACAGGAAGAAAUCUGCUGAAUUCCCUGAGUUGUACAAUUCUGGAGAAGACAUGAAGAAACGUCACGUAACCAGGAAUGACAGAAGAAGUCAGAGGCCUCUGACAGAAGAGGAGGAAAAAGAACUAGAAAAUCUGGCUGCUAUGGAUUUGGAGCUGCAGAAAAUAGCUGAGAAGUUCAAUGCCAACAGGAGGGGCUGAAGAUGAUCUGCUUUGGCGUUCCAAAGCUAGGUGUAGCUGUACUCACAAUACCUGUAUUUUGUGGUAAAUUCACUGCCACCAGAUUGCUGUUUGCCCUAAACCCAGGAAAUACUAUUUACUGUCCACUAUAGUGUAGUGAUUUAUACAGCUGAAAACGUCUUUAAUUUGCCGUUAUGCUAUUGAGGUCCGAAUAGCAUGAAGUUUAGUAACAUAACCUUUCAUGCAAGGCAGGUAUUUUUAAUAUGCUUGUGAAAAUAAUUGUGUUAGUGUUCUUCAGAAAUAUGUUUGUCUGAGUUUGAAAUAAUAAAAACCAUUGAUCUUGGACCAAA